AUGAAGUGCCGGGAGCGUGAGGCUGUCAUGUACCUGACACCAGACUCACCGCCGGCCCCACACCUCGCCAACCACCACCGCAGCCAGAGAGUCACUCGGCAACCUCAGAUAAGGAAGGAGGAGAACGUGCAAAUGAGGAGGAUGAGUGAGGUGGGUUGGGGGGGGGGGGGGGGGGGGGGGGGUACAAACACAACACCACCCAAACCCCCCACAGCCAAAAACAUGUGGUGGUGGGGGGUUAAGUUGGUGUGA